AUGAGAAAGAACCCCGAGCGUUCCUCAUCCCCAGAGUCUCUAGCACAGAGCAUGGCAAUGUACUGGAAUACAAUCGAUAAGAAGAAACGAGAAAUUCUUGUGGUGGAGCAGUCCAUCCGUGAGGCCAAAUUCCAAGAGGCAACCCUUCGCGCAAGGCUUCUCGAGUGCCGCAGAGGAUGCAGCCAGGCACCAGAAGAGUCUAGCACUGAAGAUUCUGCAGGCACGUCGACCUCGGCUGGUCAAAUCCAGGGAUCGGCAGAAGCCGCAGAAGCAUCCGGAGGUGACGAUGAUUCAGGGAUUUCAAGAGACCGGCGAAGCCACGCGGCACUGGGCAGCAGCCGGUUGGUCGGGUCCCCGGUGUCCCCAUCACCGAAACUACUGGAAGGGUACCGCGCAAGGUAUAGGUCGACAGUCGAUAAGAAGCGACAGGAGAUGUUGGCGUUGGAGCAGUCCAUACGCCAGGCUGAAGUCGAAGAAGCACAACUUCGAGCGUUGCUUCUCGGUCGCCGCAGUAAAGGCGGUGAAGCGCCGGCAGAGCCUGGGACAGAAGGACAGCCACCCCCGUCGACAUCGACUGCCCAGUCGGAAGGGCCAGGCGCGCAGGGAGGUCCAGGCAUCCACGCCGUGCCGCCAGAAACAGAAUCAGCUGAGUUGCCUGAGGCGACCUCGCCGGUUCCAGGCUGCUCCUGGUGGAGUAACAGCCCCCCCGUCACAUCACUGAGGCCGCGGCCGAAGGUUGCCGAACCCGGCUGUUCUGUUGAGGAGCGCGUGACGAGGCUUCAGAGCGAACUGAGACUACUACGCGCAAGGAGGACGAACCUCACUCAGAUGCGACGCGUCAUUCGAAAGAGGUGGAGGAAUGAGGACACAUUUGUGAAAGUGAAACUUCAGAGACUCAACAAGCGUCGGAAGGCAAAAAAUGCGUCUUCAAAACGACACGCUGACCGCAUAUGACUGACUGAGCUGUUUAUCAUGAUCGUACUGGUUCCAUCCUUGCCUUCCCACGCCUUCUAAACAUGUUGUGAUUGCGAAUUCGGCGUUCGUAAAAGGCGGCUGAUGACGGUAGCAGAUAACCUGUCGAUACCAAUAUUUGCGUGGACUGACUCAGCC